AUGACAAGGAACCCAUUCAUGGUAGAGCCUUCUAACGGUUCUCCUAAAAGAAAUAAUACUUUGACAAGAUUUCAUACUAAUACCAGUUCUACGUCGCCUUGGUCUCCAAGAAAUCAGCAAGAGUACUCCGUCGACUCGAAUGAACAACAACAACAUCAUCAGCAGUAUUAUCCAGAUAAUACUAGUAGCGAAUAUGACAACUCAAGAAAUUUCCAAGGAUUACCACAAUCCCCAUCAAGAGCAGCAUUAAGGUAUUCUCCAGAUCGUCGUCAUAGAACCCAAUUCUAUCGUGAUAGUGCACACAAUUCCCCAGUCAAUAUGAAUAGAUAUACUGCAAACCUGAAAGAAUCUCCAACAAGACCAUCAGACGUCGUAUUACAAUUCCAUGAGGAAAAAGUAAAUAGAAAUGUUGAUGUCGCUGAUCUUGUAGAUAGUUACUAUUCAGAUCGUCCUAACCUCAAUGAGGCUUCACCACAUAUUGAAAAUUUAUAUAGUAAUUCAAGAAGAUUCUCCCAGAAUUCCAAAUUAACAUUUUCCACAACGUCUACAGCCACAAGAUCAUCCUUUUUCGAUGACGAGGACCAAAAGGAAAAGAAGUAUAAGGAUGAUGACGAUGGCUCUUCGGUCUUUUCAUCAGAUACAUUUACAGAAACAAGAUUCGAAUUAAACCAUCCAAUUCGUCGUGAUUAUGUUAGACGUGCUAAUUCUGAAAGUAAAAGAAGACCAUUCCCAGCGGGAUCAUCUACUUCUUCCUCAUCCAUGAAUGGUACUGGCAAAAUGGAAAAGACUAUUUUGAAAUUAGAUAAUCCUAUUCCAAGAGGGUUAUUAGAUACAUUACCAAGGAGGGAUUCUCCUGAAUUUGUGGAGAUGAGAUAUACGGCAUGUACAGUGGAACCUGAUGAAUUCUUGGAAGCUGGAUAUUCCUUAAGGUUUGCUGAAAUGAAUCGUGAAUGUCAAAUUGUAAUUUGUAUCACAAUGUAUAAUGAGGAUAAAGUUUCGUUAGCAAGAACGUUACAUUCUAUAAUGAAAAAUGUGGCACACUUGUGUAAUCGUCCAAAAUCUCAUGUUUGGAAUAAAGACGGGUGGAAGAAAGUUUCCGUCAUCUUGGUUAGUGAUGGAAGAGCUAAAGUGAAUCAAGGUGCUUUAGAUUACUUAGCCGCGUUAGGUGUCUAUCAAGAAGAUAUGGCUAAAGCUUCAGUUAAUGGUGAUCCCGUUAAGGCUCAUAUUUUUGAAUUGACCACACAAGUUUCCAUUGAUGCAGACUUGAAUUAUGUUUCUAAAAAUAUUGUUCCAGUACAAUUGGUAUUUUGUCUUAAGGAGGAAAAUAAGAAAAAAAUUAACUCCCAUCGUUGGUUAUUUAAUGCAUUUUGUCCAGUUUUACAACCAACUGUAGUGGCAUUAGUUGAUGUCGGUACACGUUUAAAUCAUACGGCAAUUUAUCAUCUAUGGAAAGUAUUUGAUAGAGAUUCUAAUGUUGGAGGUGCCGCUGGUCAAAUUAUAACGAUGAAGGGUAAAUAUGGGUCCAAGUUAUUAAAUCCAUUAGUCGCGUCACAAAAUUUUGAAUAUAAGAUCUCAAAUAUCUUGGAUAAACCCCUGGAAAGUGUUUUCGGUUAUAUUUCCGUGUUACCGGGAGCUCUUUCAGCUUAUAGAUACCGUGCUUUGAAAAAUCACGAAGAUGGUACAGGUCCGUUAAAUUCUUAUUUUUUGGGUGAAACGCAAGACGGUAGUGAACAUGAUGUUUUCACGGCAAAUAUGUAUUUAGCAGAAGAUAGAAUCUUAUGUUGGGAAUUAGUUGCUAAAAGAAAUUCUAAAUGGGUUUUAAAGUAUGUUAAAGAAGCUACCGGUGAAACAGAUGUCCCUGAAGAAGUCCCUGAAUUUAUUUCACAAAGAAGACGUUGGUUAAAUGGUGCUAUGUUUGCAGCUUUAUAUGCUCAAUUGCAUUUCUUCCAAAUUUGGAAAACUAGACAUUCUGUGACACGUAAAUUUUUCCUACAUAUUGAAUUCAUUUAUCAAUUUAUUCAAAUGUUAUUCUCUUGGUUUUCUAUUGCAAAUUUCGUGUUAACAUUUUACUACUUAGCAGGUUCAUUGAAUACAACAAUUAAACAUGGUGAAGCAUUAUUCAUUUUCUUCAAAUAUUUAAUAUUUUGUGAUUUAGCCAGUUUGUUUAUCAUUUCAAUGGGUAACAGACCACAAGGUGCCAAACAUUUAUUUAUCACAUCUAUGGUCAUUUUAACGGUAUGUGCUGCCUAUUCAGUUAUUUGUGGGUUUGUAUUUGCCAUUAAAGUGUUACGUGACAAUGAAAAUUCCAAUAAUGUAUUCUUAAAUGUUGUUGUAUCAUUAUUAUCGACAUAUGGACUUUACAUGUUUUCAUCUAUCAUGUAUUUGGAUCCAUGGCACAUGUUUACCUCUUCUUUCCAAUAUUUCUUUACCUUACCGGCUUUCACGUGUACUUUACAAGUUUUCGCAUUUUGUAAUACACAUGAUGUUUCAUGGGGUACUAAAGGUUCUAAUAAGGAGACUAAGCAACUGUCAAAAGCUAUUGUUGUUCAAGGACCAGACGGGAAACAAAUUGUUGAGACUAGUUGGCCACAAGAAGUGGAUAAGAAAUUUAUGGAAAUAAAGAGUCGUUUAAAGGAAGUAGAGUUUGAAGAAACUACAACGGAUCCAGCACAAGAAAGGAACGAUUACUAUAGAGAUAUUAGAACUAGAAUAGUUAUGAUUUGGAUGUUAUCUAAUUUGAUCUUGAUUAUGGCUAUCAUUCAAGCCUUUUCUCCUGAAAAGACUAACAAUGGAUACUUAAUCUUUAUCUUAUGGUCUGUUGCAGGGUUGGCUUUAUUUAGAGUCAUCGGUUCAAUGGGAUUCUUAUUCAUGCAAUAUUUGAGGGCCAUUGUAAGCUUUAGGAAUAAGGCGGAAAUCAAUGGGUCAUGGAACCUUCCUAGCGUGAAUAAUAUCUUCAACAGAGGAGCAUGA